CGCUGCAGGUUGCGGCGCGCGGGAGGCUGCUCGACAGGUCAGGCGCACGCGCGGGGCAGGCCAGCGUCCCGCAGCAGUGCCUCGCCGCCACUCAGUGCACGCGCCGCUCCGACGCCGCGCGCCCAUACCAGCGCUUCCGAGCGCGACACCGACAAGUUUCCCGAAAACUUUACCGCCUCACACACGCGAACUUAAGCUCACUCGCUGUGCUUACGCGAGCGAGCUUCUCCAACAGUGCACAGUGAAGUUCAUUAUUUACCAUUUACCCGCUCGGAGGGACGACAAUUCGUAUUUUAAGGUGUUGCGCACGAGUGGCGUGGCGCGAGGGUGUGAUGCGAGGGUGGCGGAGCGGCAGGCGCCGGCGCCGCGAGUAGCGACCAUGCGGGGGCCGCCACGCACCGCACGCGCCGCCGCCUGCCUACUUGCGCUAGCCGCUGUACUCACCAACGCUGUCGUCGCUGCCUCUGACGUCAUUAAGGGCCAGCGAGCACCGUGUUCCAACGAAGGCGAGCCCGUCCGGCUCCAAGACUCGAGACUAGAGCAAGACUUUAGCAGCUGCUUCCGCUGUAUCUGUAAGAACGGUUUCGUCGAGUGCCGAAGCGAGGGCGAGGAGUGCGGUCUCAUGGACGACUGUGCGGUGGUGAUGCCUCGCGAGGGUUGCUGCUCGCGCUGCAAGGGCUGCUGGUACAACGGCACCGAGCACGCCUCCCACACCGAGUGGGGGGAGGAGGGGAGGGUGCUUCGCUGCGAAGCUGGAGUGGUCACAAUCUCAAGGCCGGAGUGCUACGCGCCGUGCGACAGGCCGAAGCAUCAACGGCACACGCAUUACAACUGCCCUGUUUGUGAUGAAUGCGUGAUCAACGGUCAACGCGUGUGGGAAGGCCGUGAUGUGAGGAUCCCUGAGGAGCCUUGUCUAUCGUGUCGCUGUGUGCGUGGCGCCCUCUCCUGUGCCAAGAGGGCAUGCCCAGUGCUGCCGUGUCCAUUCGCACACCACUAUACUCCGGCCGGGGAGUGCUGCCCGAGGUGCUCGCAUCCUACGGCUGAUAAAAUACUGCCAAUUUCAGGAAGUAUGGUUGCGAAACCUUGCAUAAUCGGGAAAGAGUACCACGGUCAUCUGAGCGCGUUCCGGGUGGACCCUUGCACGGAUUGCACGUGCAUGAACGGCACUGCGGUGUGCACGCGGCAUACGUGCCCGGUGCUGACGUGCGGUGCGCGCGCACUGCCUCCUCAGCCGGGGAAAUGCUGCCCGGAGUGCCCGCAAGUGGAGGAGGCGAAAGCUGCUUGUAUCAUCGGAGGAAAAGUUUAUCAGGAUGGAGAAAUCUGGCAACUGGACGCAUGCAAGUCAUGCGAAUGCCACGGAGGUGAACCGCGCUGUGCCAUGGAACGGUGUCCGAGCAUCACGUGUCGCUCGGACCAGACGCUGCGCCAGCUGCCUGGCCAGUGCUGUCCGAAGUGCAUCGAUAUUGACGGCAUCUGCACUGUCUUCGGUGAUCCCCACUAUAAGACUUUCGACGGAAAGUUCUAUAGUUUUCAGGGGUCGUGCAAGUAUCAAUUGGCUUCUGACUGCGUUAACAAUACCUUUUCAAUAAGGAUAUCGAAUGACGCCAGGAACACUUUACACUCAUCGUGGACCAGAACAGCGACACUACGCAUUGGAUCCACCAAAAUUAACAUGGGAAAGAAAAUGCGAAUAAAAGUGAACGGCAAGAGGGUUACCCUGCCUCAUAAGGAGAGAGGUGUCGCCGAGAUCACGCGAAGUAAUGGUUCAGUGUUGUUGAAAGCGGAGAUAGGAGUGCAGAUGUUGUGGGACGGUGAGGGUUUCCUAGAAGUGACUGUGUCGAGUGUUUACAAAGGAAAGUUGUGCGGCUUGUGCGGUAAUUUCAAUUCGGUCGCGAGGGACGAUAUGAGAACCCGCGAUGGAAAGCUGUUGAACGAUACGUGGCGCUUCGGGACGUCGUGGCGCGUGGGUGGGAAGCGGGCGUGUACCCGCCAGCAGGAGAGGCCGGGAAUGGCGUCUCGGUGUCGGCAGUCGAAGAUAUUGAAGGCUCGCCGAUUGUGUCGGGGCUUUUUGCGAUACGAUGCGUUUUCGGAGUGUGGUGCGAAAGUGAACCCGCGUAAUUAUCGGGAGGCUUGUGAGUUGGACGCUUGUGGAUGCGCGGGGACAAGGUGUCACUGUGCGGCUUAUAGGGCGUAUGCUCGGGAGUGUACUAGGGUAGGGGCGGAGCCCGUUGGCUGGGCGCGGGCGGCGUGGUGCGACGGCGUAUCGCCGCCGUGGCUGAGCCGGCGCAAGAGCUUCCGCGCCAGCAAACCGAAGGGCACCGACCUCCUGGACUUCAGCUCGAUCCCCAAACUGAACAACAGCAGGAGCCGACCACCGCCUCCGAUACUACACUGAGCUGUGUAGUUUCACCUUACUAGUCAAAUCUGCCAGUGUGGCCAUUGUGAGAGUAUUACAAGGAUGCAUUAAAACUGGAUUGCUGCAUCCAGAAAAGAGACCAGUUUUACCCGGAAUGAAGAUCUAACAAAUAAACAGUAUUCAUAAAACUACUUAGUUAGGAAAAAUUACGUAAUAAUUAUAAAUAGGACCACCUUAUUGCCUCGCGGAAUCCAACCGGCGUUUUUAUAAUCUUUAUCGACCUUCUAAAAGUAUCCAAAGAAUUUUAUGCAUUCCUACUUAUCGAUGUGUACUUAUGUUACUUUCAGAAGGAUUGUACUGUUGCACAAAUCAUGCCAUAUUUCUCAGCUGUGUAUAAAUACUUAUAACGUGUCCAAUGUCCAUUUUGUACCUAACGUAUGUUCUCUCUAAUAGCUGGUUGUAGCGUAUGUCAGGCAAAUAGCUUCGAAUGAUAGAGAAAUUAAUUUAUUUCAUUUUUAAGCUAAACGUUUCUGUAAAAUGUGAUAAUUAGCUUUGAAUACUAUUUCAGACAGGAGAAGGACGUUUGGUAAACAUAGUUCAAAUUGAGAUCUCAUCCGUAUGUAGUUCUUUACGAAAACUUAGUUAAAGCUAGCUAUCCAAGCCAAGAUGCUAACGAGAACGUGGAAAUUCUGAAUGUACAUACAUGAAUACGAUGUAGCAGAUCAAAUUGUUGUAGAUGUAAUUUUAAUUGAAGACUCGUAAUGCUUAGUUGUUAAAUACGUUACCAAUGAAUUUUACUUUUGACUUCGAGAUAUGUUAAAGUAAUUAUUAGCUAGGAGUUAACUUCCCGCAUGGCGUCAUGUAUUUAUUUAUUUCGAAACGAGUCGCCAUUGUGUGUCAUUGCCACUGCAAACGUGCUAAGUGCCAUGUAGAAGCGACUUCAUUGACAAAAUUGUGAUAUUGUCUAUGCUUCUGCUGUGUCAGACAGUGCCUGAUUGUAUUAAUUACAUAGUUAUUAUAAGAAUUAUCUAUUUAUUAAUAUAAGUACCUAUCUAUCUAUAUAUUUCGAUAUUCAUGUAGCUAUCAUAAUAUUGUAUAUUCAGAUUAUUAAAUAUAUUAAUGUAUAAAAUAUGUAUAAGUCCAAGGUGUAAGGGCAAUUAGUUGUUUUAGUUAAAAACUGGAACUUCCCCAGUAUUUUUCUAUUUAUUAAUAAACCCUAUGGUUUCUAUAAAUUUUUAUUUAAAUGAAUUACAAAUUACUCUCUAUUUUGGGAAAAACUGAUAAACUCAUCUCUGUAAGUCAUUCUGGUAUUAAAGAUACAGUAACAGAUGACGGUAAAUCAAGCUAAAACCUAGCAUCUCAGGUAAUUAAUUUACCUAACUACAUUUAUAGUACCAACCUGCUCCAUACACCUUAUUUAUUAUUAAUAAGCUCUAUCUGUAUAGUUAAGUCAGUUAAGUCUAUGACAAAGCUUUAAUAUAUAUUAUUAUAAUUAUGUGUAUAAGUUCCACUUUAUUUGCUUCAGUGAUUUCAGUUUCACCGAAAGUUAGAGAUGCACGUACUACACCAUUACGUUUUAAAAAUAAUUAUAAGCUUCUAUUCCUAUAUUUUAAUUUAAGAACUACUUAUUUUUGUAUUAUUAUACAAGGCCUACGUUUUAUGUAGGCUUUUAAGUUAUUUGAGAGUUAUGUUUGGUAUAUUGAAUAAGUGUUAUUAAGUAAUGCAAAUUAUUUCAAUAAUUUUCAAUGUCAAUGCAAUUAAAUAUGUCGGUACUGUAAAAAGGUAUGGCGCUAUCGUUUUCAAUUUGAGGGCAAAUUGGAAUUGGAUGAAAAGGAGCCCUUUAUACAUGACAUGACUCGAAGAGUAAAUUAGUGUUAAACUUUAGUAUAAAGUGCCAUACCCAAUCCUGAUCUAAGUACCAAUUUGAUUAAUUGAUUUUAAUGUUUUUGAAGAAACAAAUGCUAUUUACAAAUUUUACUUUUUUAUUAUCAAAUGGGUCUCAGUGUUAAAAUGUUAAAGUCGAAAAUAGAAUGUAAGAUAAGAUUGUUUGUGUAUUGCUUUGUGUGCUAUGGUAAUGUAUCGGCCCAAAAUAUUUCGCAUUGCUAAAUUACUUGAAUAUGUGAGAUUGUUUUGCAGAACAAAGAAUUACAUAAUAAAUGAAAAUAUUAUUCACGACUA